AUGUUCCCCAUCGUUCCGAAGUUUAAAGACCUGCGGCAUCUCUCAAUCGGCAUGAUAUACCAUGACGAUCCUAUCUGGAUUGACUGGACCGCUGACGGGUCUGUGCUGGAAUCUAUCUUUGACUUGCACAGUCUAGAAAGCCUCGAUCUUGCGGAUGUUCCACUGCGCCUAACCGCGAACAACAUGAAAGACAUCGCCCUUGCAUUUCCGCGCCUUCGCAAAUUGCACCUUAGCUCCAAUUGCAGCUUCUAUCCUGUGGACGUUCCGGCGUGUAUAACCGUAGCAGUCGAGGACCUCAGCUGCUUUGCCCGGCACUGCCCUCAGAUGCGAGAGUUAGCCAUCACAAACACAUUUGUACCAAUUUAUACGUCACAAGUACCCACACCUACACCACUCCCGACCGAAUCGAACCUGCGCGAACUCUGUCUCGGGCAGUCACAUAUUACUGACCCGCAGCGCGUCGCCGCUUUCUGCGCGGAUGUGUACCCUUUCGCACAGAUCACGUCGAACCAUAUCGGAUGUGACGAACACGGGGAAUGCUGGGCCAAAAUCGUUAGCAGCAUCGACAAUAUGAAGAAUCGAAUGGUCGUAUCGAGGAUGCUUGAGGAGCGUGCCGCUGCGAGCCGGAGAACUUACCACAACGUUGGCGUACAGGUUCGGCCAGGUGACCGGGACGCCUAG